UGAGCUGAGCCCUCAGGUCUUUACGUGUUGAGACACACCCGUCUUUUGGGAGUUGCCACGGUGGCUGUUCGACACAUGCUCGUGACCAGGGAAGACAAACAGAGAAGACAGCAUGCACUGCAAUGAGAACCUAAUCAACUAUCUUAGUUUCGGGAUCAUCCUUGCAGGACUGUGGCAUCUGUACCACCACAAGAAAUACCAAGCUUUCUAUGGCCGCCACUUGGCGCCAACUCCUCAAACCAGAUUGGUCCCGGCCCGACUGGCUUGGUUCCUCCAGGAAUCCCCAGCUCUUCUUGUCCCUCUGCUUCUGAUGCUCACGUCACAGAAAGCCUCCAGCGUGGGGAGGAUGCUCCUACUUGGAACCUUUUGCCUGCACUAUUUUCACAGAACCUUCAUCUAUUCACUCCUGAUUAAAGGAAAACCGUUCCCACAGAAUGUGAUGUUAGGAGGAGGCUUCUUCUGCUCCAUGAAUGGAUUCUUGCAGGGCCACUACUUGCUGCACUGUGCCCAGCUGGAUGAGCAGAUGUCUGACACCCGCGUUGGCAUUGGCUUACUAUUGUUCUACACGGGGAUGGCCAUCAAUAUUCACAGCGACCACAGCUUACGUAACUUGAGGAAACCGGGAGAAACUGUUUACAAGGUCCCAACAGGAGGCUUCUUUGAAUAUGUGUCUGCUGCAAAUUACUUUGGAGAGAUUCUUGAGUGGUUCGGCUAUGCCAUGGCUACUUGGGGCCUUCCAUCGCUUUCGUUUGCAGUGUUUACUGCAUGCUUCAUCGGACCAAGAGCCAUUUACCAUCACAGGUUUUACAAGAGGAAAUUCAAGGACUACCCAAAGUAUCGAAAAGCUUUGAUUCCAUUUUUACUUUGAGGAGAAGCAUUAAGAUGUCAGUAAGGGCUGCAGAGCCAAGUACUGCAUAUAUUUGUAAUUGUGUUCAAACUAUUUUUACUCUCCAAGGCUGAAUAGCAAAUGUAAAUGGCAGGUGUACCCAUCAAGUGUGGUCACAGUGAGUCAGGUCAAAAACAUCAUGCAUGGAUAUGAUGCAGGAGUUCCACACGCUUGUCUUACUAGAUUUCAAUCGCCCGAUAGGACAGUUAUUGGUCCUAAGGAUUCAGCGAAGGUGGUCUCCCAUUAACUGCUCAUAGGACAAUUAUUGGUCCUAAGGAUUCAGCGUAGGUGGCAUCCCAUUAACUGCUCUCUCUCCUAGACAGGUUCCAACCAGGUCCAAAGGAUAAAAUACAGAGAAUUGUGGAGGUAUUCUUUGGGCUAGGAAAUAAUAAAACUAACACAGCUAGGUCACUUUUAGGUAGCACACUAUCUUCACCAUGGUGUCAAGUAAAAGGAAGUAUAUGUUGCUUCAUGAUUUCAAUAUAAUUGUGUAUGCUUCAGUAGUUAAAAGUUUUGCAUCAGACAUAUGCAUGCAUGUUGAGUAGCUAAGUAGUGGCUCAAAAAUGUAUCCACAAAAAAAGAGCCUGGUAGAAAAAGUUUGAGAACCAAAUGUAUAAUUUACCGGAGGGGUCUUGAACAUUUUUGCUGGCCAAGAACCACAAAACUAGUGGUGAGACAGACGGAAGAGGGAUCUCAACCUGUAUAAAAUUGUGCUUUAAAUUAAACCGAUCCAACGGGUACCUUUUUUAUCGAGCAAUACUGUGAUACUCUAUAUAGUAUAGCACUGCUAAUUGCUAAUUUACACUUUUAUUUUUAACCUGCAAGGUAGAGCAAGUACGGUGGCCAUGCCACUGCCAUUUCUUAACAUCACUAAACUGGGUGGGAUCAACGUUACUAAGGGAGUUCCAAAGGGAGUCAUAUUUUUAGAAGUGUGUAUUAAUGUUGCAAACUCCUCAAUAAAAAUGUGAGACAUG